GAUGCCGGGCUAUUCAAACCUGCAAUUCUUUGUAAACAAUGAUUCAUGCACUUAAUGCAAAUAAAUCCAGUUGCAAUUUCCUCCCCGUAUUGCCUCCUCCGGGAGAAAGGAAAAGCAAAAAUGCUUUAGGAUUUUUUUGCAGAUCUGCAGAAUAUGGCGUCCUGUCCUGUUUUAAAAAUAAGACAGGCUGCCAUUUUUGUUUUUCUUUUGUCUGAAAAUUUUAAUAAAACUGUCUGAGAAUGUGGGAGAGGCAGCAGAGGGGGGCACCCGGGGGAAUUUGGCUUUCUUUUUUUUAACUCUUGACUUGUAUGUAGACAUCCGGCCUGUUUGGAAAGCUCGAAUGCUUUUCAUGUGCAAUUAAUGAAAGGUGGUGGACCAAGUUAAUUAAAGUUUUCUGAAACUUUUUUGUUUUGUUUAAAAUGAAGUGACCAUUUUAAAGAAAGAAAAAAAGAAAAUGCGAAAAUACAAACUGGAUUUAGUUUUAUACUGCUGUACUGGAAAAUAUAUGGAAACGGGCUUACAGAAACGUUAGCAAUAUUAAGAAACGUGCUUUCCGGGACCCAAGUGUAUGUUUUAUUUGACAGUUUAAAAGGAGCAGCAUUUCAGUCUGGAUGAACCCUUUGAGGAUUACUACAUCUGAAAGGAAAAGGCUGAGUAGCAACUAGCAAGUUAAUACGAGAAAGUAACAGCAAUAUAAAGGAGAAACUGAUGCCAAAACAUUAACGGGCAGUGAAAGAACAAAUAAAAUAAUUCCAUGUUUGGAGAGAAAUUCACAAUCAAGCUGAACUCAGACUCGCUAUGCUAAUUUCACAGUGGGAGAGGUGUACAAGACGUGGAAGAAAAGUGGCAAUAUAACGGAAAUAAAAUGUCUAAAAAUUUUGCUGUUAGCUCUAAAAACCUAUUAAUGGAUGGCAGCAUUCGAGAAUGGCGUUAUAAUGAGAGUCUUUCUAUAGGAGGAAGCCCAGCUGGGGAGGAACACUGGCGAAUGGCAGAACCUCGUUUUAACAAUCCGUAUUUCUGGCCCCCACCUCCCGCCAUGCCUAGUCAGCUGGAUAACCUAGUUCUGAUCAACAAAAUCAAAGAGCAGUUGAUGGCUGAGAAGAUCCGUCCCCCUCAUAUUGCACCAACGUCAACACCUUCCCAGCAGCCUUUACUGGUGCCAUCUGUUCCUAGUGAUAGUGGGCAGUCUGUGAUGACCCUUCCCAAGCUACCGCAGGUGCCUCCCCUGCACUCGCAAUCUGUCACACAACCUGAUGUCGCUCUCCAUGCAAGACCAGCCACAAGCACAGUUGCAGGUCUUGGGCUGACGUCUCGCACAAGUAAUGUCAAUACCUCAGAAGCUGGAACACCUACCACCCCUACAUCGACCAGCCAGAGCCGGCUUAUAGCUUCCUCCCCCACACUUAUCUCAGGACUUACCAGCCCCCCCAUCCUGGAAACUAUCAAGACAUCUCAGACUCAUGGACUGUUGGGAGUAACAGCCCCCAAGGCAGAGCGAGGAAGAAAAAAAAUUAAAGCAGAGAAUCCCUCAGGACCCCCUGUUCUUGUGGUGCCCUACCCCAUCUUGGCCUCGGGGAACGAGACCAGCAAAGAGGGGAAAACGUACAGGUUGGAAAAUAAGCGGUGUAAAGUAUGCCCUCUAACCUUCUUUACCAAGUCAGAAAUGCAAAUUCAUUCCAAGUCUCAUACAGAGGCCAAACCCCACAAGUGCCCGCAUUGUUCUAAAUCAUUUGCCAAUGCCUCUUACCUGGCACAACAUUUGCGUAUCCACCUUGGUGUGAAGCCAUACCACUGCUCAUAUUGUGAGAAAACUUUCCGUCAGCUGUCUCACCUUCAGCAGCAUACCAGAAUCCACACUGGUGACAGACCAUACAAGUGUGCCCAUCCAGGCUGUGAAAAGGCUUUCACUCAGCUGUCUAACUUGCAGUCUCAUCAGCGACAGCACAACAAAGACAAACCGUACAAAUGUCCGAACUGUUAUCGUGCAUACUCUGACUCAGCCUCUCUCCAGAUUCACCUGUCUGCGCACGCUAUAAAGCAUGCCAAGGCCUACUGCUGUAGCAUGUGUGGGAGAGCUUAUACUUCGGAAACUUAUCUAAUGAAGCACAUGUCUAAACAUACAGUUGUGGAACAUCUUGUGACUCAUCAGUCGCCUCAAAGAACAGAAUCGCCUGGCAUUCCAGUUCGAAUUUCUCUCAUAUAGAAUAGUGAGACCUGGGAAUUCCUGCAGAACUGACAUUCCUCUUAACACCAACACACCAACAUACCCUGUUCAUUAAUUUUGUUCCAGUGUCAAAGUUCAUGCCUGAAAACAACAUUUUUUUUAAGUUUUAGUUUUGAAGAAUAGUAACAUGGUCCCUCAAGAAUACUGGACCAUGCUUGUUACAGCUUUUUAGAGUGAAGAUUUUCUGACACUUGAAUGGCAUCCAAAGAUGUUUUCAGAGCACUUUUAGUCCCAUUUUUUUAAAAAAAGUAUUUAUUUGCUGAGGAGGUUGGUACUGCUUGUUUAGCAGAAGUUAUAAAACUGGCUCCUUCUCAGGCAGCUAUAGAAACGCUACAACUGCAGGUCUUCAUAAGAUAUAUAUAUAUAUAUAUAUAUAUAUAUAUAUAUAUACUUGUCUUUUUUUUUUAAGACUUGCUGUCUUGUUAAUGUCUGUUUUACUUUUUGGGAGACACAAAAAUCUAUUUAAGAUCAGUUAAUACAUAAACUUGUUACUGCAAUUGGAUACUGUUUACUUAAAGGACGGUUACAUCCAUGAAUGAUUCAGAGCUUCUACAGGCAGGCCAUAGUAUGAACACCCAUUUUCCUAGCUGACAUUAUUUUUUCAUGCUUCACAUACGAAGCAUACUAAUUUACGUAGCUAGGUUUGUCAGUCUCUUAAAAGCUGCCUCUUUGAACCCUUGUCAUACUGCCAUCUUGCACUUUACGUAGCACUUUCUUUAGUGUAGUGCUUGUGAAGAUUUUUCACAUGUACUUUCAUUUCAGUAUGUACCUCUUCAUUUCAGGAUACUCCUGCAGUGCUAGGAAGAAUUGAUGUCUUUUGAACAGUAUAUGCAUUUGCCUCAUGGAAAGCAGCAUACAGUAGGCUUUAGUGUAGUCAAUGGGGCAAGAUUUGUCUGUUGACACUUUUCUGCUAAUAAGAUGGCAUAGCUAGAAACAUGGAAUGCAUUAGCAGAAGAGAUGACUGGUUUUACCCCAUUUGUGUGCAUUGCCUUACAUAGUGUGCUUCUUUUAUUUACCAGAUGGUUUAUGGCUUUCCAUCCUCUUUGUUUUGCUAAUUUAGCUGUGUGCCAUAUCCCUUAUUAUAUACUGCUAGCAGGUCUGCCAUACAUUUUAGUUAACUUUUCUUUUGAAGUGUCAAGUUCUGUCAUCUCUCUCAGCACCUUCCCCAUCUCACUUUUUGUCCAUUGUCUUUUAACCAUGAUGUACUAUAACUUGUACUGUAAAAGUGUAAGGAGAAAACAAAUAAUCACACAGUGGGUUGUACAGUAAGUAUGCUGUGUGACACUGGUGCCAGCAUUCCUGUUACAGGUGUUUCAGAGAAACUUUAUUCAGGAAGGGGAUUGGAUAGGUCACGCUAGGCAUGUUAAAGAUAAGAUGAAUAGUAUUUUGGAGAUGUAAUUAUGUUGGUCUUCUCUGGCCUGCUGGGACUUGACUCCUUAAGCAGUCAUAUUGCAUUAGAUGUUUCACUACAGCACUGCUUACUGGCUUGCUGCAAGGUCUAUAAAAAGCAUGUAACACUGAUGUCAAAGGCAGUGGGCUCAUAAAAGCUCAGUAUAUAGAUCAUGGAUUUAGAAUUGUGAGUGAACAGAGGCUGUCUGUGAUUCAUCAGUGGCUGAAACUACACCAUAUCCUGGACUGUUCAGGUUGUGCCAUAUUUAUACAUGUCAUGUUGACAGGCCUUGUGACAUCUUAGCUAUGAACUCCAUUGUGGACUGUCUUACGUUAUUCUCCUCUCAUAUGGUAACUUAGAUGUGGGUAUAAAGCAUGUCUUGUAAAUGAGGAAGGACAUUCAUGCAGAAAGACAGAAACUGAAAGAGGGGCUUUUUCUUUUCAAGACCUGAAAAUGUAUCAUCUUUUUUUAAUUUAUGUGAGAUCUGCAGUUAACCAGUGUCUAUAUUGUGUAACUAGUUAAAUUAGUAUGAAUGCAGAUUCUUUUGGUGCUAACUAGAUUCUUUCCCAAAGUAGAACAGCAAAGAGAGCUCUUUAUCCAGUCAUUAAGCUGUUAUAUUUUUUACUUUUAUAUAUAGCUAUAUGUAUUUUAGUGUUAGAGACAUAAAAGAAGAUAAAUAUAUAACACAGAAACACUUUUAAUUAGUUUAAUGCCUUCUCUGUAAACUACAGACUGCAAACACCGAAAACCAUUCCACACUGGAAGCAGCCUUUAGAAACAUCUGCCCCCCCCCCUCAGUCAUUCUCCCCUACCACAUUCCCCCAAACAGUCAACUCUGAUAUAGAGAGAAAGGGAUAGAAAUAAAACAAAUAUGUUAAAGAGACUGGCACACACAUACUAGGCAGUUAAAAUAACUUCUUCCUAAAGUAAUUAAAAAUAACAUUUGGCACUCAGUCUGUGUGCUGUGCCUCUUCAGAAAGGUUGGGGGAGUGACUGAAGUGUUUUGAACAUGUACUGUGUUUCUGCAUAUGUUAGUAUCUGACUCGUUAGUAGUACAUAUGGAAAUUGCAGAAAGAUAUUACCUUAAGCUUGCAUUUUGGGAUACACUGUUGUUUUGUAUUGUAACUUUUUUUUUUACCUGACCCUGUCUCUUAUCAUUAUGUAAGAUAGGGAGGUGAGGAGGGAAACAUAGAGCCUUCCUUACAAAGCACUUUAACAUGUUACUGUAAUGUAUUUUUAAUCAAUGAGUUUGUUGUUAUACUUUUAAACAGUUGUUGCCAGUAAGUAAGCCUGCUCACUAACGGUUAGCUAAGCUUGAAACUACUGUUAACACACAUUCACUCACCUCACGUUGACAUUGUUUAUCUGCUCUCUGCAUCUUUAUUGCAAUUCUCAAGCAUGUUCAAAGCACUUCAUACUCACUGAAAUAGGGAGGUUUUGAAGGCUAAUGCUCUAGAGAAAGGGGUAGGGUAAGGGGUAAUGUAGCGGCUUAGAACAAACUUCAUAUAUGAUGUGAGGAUGACACUAGGGUGCAUCGGAUAUUUAAAUUGCUUACAUACCUUCUUAUUGGCUAGAGGUCGGUGAAAGAAGUUUUUGUGAAAGUUCUGUCUUCUAGGAAAACUCGGAAGUGUGUAAGUAAGCAAGGUUAAGAGUGAGCUGUGCAUGGAAUGUACUUUUAAAAAGCCUUUUCCAUUUUUACACAUGUGGAGUGUAAUUGAUUUCUGGGUGUGUACUGGAAGCAUCAUUUAGCAUUUUGCAGGGUCUUCAGAAAUGUAGUAAAAUUUUUUAUGGUUCAUAACCAGUCUCAAGAGACUUGUAGUAGAAGCAAGGAGGUAUACUAAACCCAGCAAAGCUUCUUUAUACUUUAGGGGAGUGUCUUCCUAAUGAGGCAAGAAUAUAAUGAGAAACAGCACUAAUCUUAUUUGAAACAUAGGUGAUUAUUAGGCAGCAAUACUGCUUAAGUACCAGAACAAGCACAGCAGAGCAGAAGCUAGGAAAAUUUGUGCCCUGCCCCUGAGACUGGCACUCUGAGAAACCAAAGGUGAGAACAAGACACAUAAGGCUUCUCCAUGCUUUAUACAGUAGUAUUUGCUACACUUAUAGAGAAGGAGCCUGACAUAAACUGAUUCAUUCAUUUAAGCAGCUGCGGCUAUUUAAAUUAAUGAUUGCUGGCCUGCCAAUACUGGAUGAGUGCCAGAAAUAGAUUUCUGGUACUUGUCUGGCCUAUGGGCAUUGUCGAUUGUACCCCCUUAGAAUUUGUGUCCAGGGCAUCUGGACCCUUUGUCAUAUUCCUAGCUAAAGCUCUGAAGCAUAAUGCAGGAGUCAUAUCUGGUGGAAAAUUUAAGUUGAUAGCAUGUUUAUGCAGACGACUUCAAAAAUUUUGCUUUGAGUUUUGGGAGUGAAUACAUUCAUAUGAUAUACAUUUAUUUUCUGUGAGGAGCAACUCAGAGAGCAGUCUUUUUAUUGCUUACAUGAUCAGACAGUAUUGUUUACUCAUCUUUCCUGCUAACUUCAGCCAUCUUCUGUCAUGUGAAGAAUAACAUACGUUGCUUCCAUAAUUAGGCCACAGACCAUAUUUUUAAAUGAUUAUUUUAACACCUUGUCUUAAGCUCUGGUUUGUAAAUUUUUGAAGUGAUCAACUAAAAAAAAAAAACAAAAGGCAACCAUUUCAUUGUUAUGUGCCCUCUGAUUUUAUUGACUUACUUGUCCUCAUAUUUGUUGCCACUGUCUUGUCAAAUUGUAAAAAAAGACUAUGCUUUGCACGUUUUGUGUCCUAAAACCUGUAGUUUGCUAAAGGCAUUAUUAACCUGUUGCUUGUCAGAAUGCUCUCAGUUGCUCAUCUGUUUAUUGUUGUAGUAGAAGUGAAAUCAUUGUACUAGCAGUGGCUAUCUCUAUCUGUCUCUGUGACUGAAACAUAUUUAAAAUUGUUGCACCGAUGGGCUUUGUGGACUUUAUUCCCCAGUAACCUUUGGACUAAUUGCAUAUGGAACUGAGCACACUCAUUUUGUAGUUUGUGUAGUGGUUAAGGUUGUGAGCUGUAGCUCCUCUGGUGUAGGGUUCGAUUCCCUUAACCCUCCUUUGCUUACUGUGUCACCUUGAGCCAUUCACUUAGACAUUGCUCCUGGGUCGUACCUGAAAAUGGACUGUGUGCCUAGUGGGCCUAACUAGUUAACAAAUGGGUAUUAAAGUUGCACUGGCAUCAGUAGAUUCAUUGUAGGUUUUGUUUCCAUACAGUGGAAUUCCAGCACAUUGCAGCUUGCUGUAAGUUGUCUCAGAGUAAAUGCAGUGUUUCUGUGUAAUAUAAGCUUUACAUUGUAUGUAUUUGUAUAUGUAUGAUGGAGGGACUGCAUACUUCUGGUGAAGGAUUCUCCCCAUUAUAUUUGGGGGUUUGCUGAUGAACUGAUAAUUGUAUAAUGUAUGCUAGAUAAACAGUUGUGGUCCAAAUCAUCUCACAUUUUUGCACAUUUCUUUGUUAGAGAACAUACCAGUGUUGCUGGAAUAUGAUGCUAGACAACUCCAUAAAUAGAAAAUUGUCACGUGUGUGUGUGUGUGUACAUGAGCUGGAUUAUCUCUAGAAGCUUUAUAAUAUUUUACUGCUGUUAACAGAUCUGAAAUAUUCCAUCUGAGGGCACUGUCAAUGAUAUAUAUAAAAGUUGCCUUUUUAGCUGAGUAUAGUGACAGAGAAUGAGCAGUUUUUGAAUAUAUUAGAAGCUUAGAACCACAUCAGUGUCUGCUGCAGUUUUAACAGCAACACAGGCAAGCUAAUGUGUGAAGUAGUAUUUUUUAGGGCUCCCAGGUGCUUAACUCUUACUUAUAUGAAUUUUAUUUCUUUUCAUGUCUUGGACCUUACAUAAUACUUUAUCACAAGCAUACAAAUGCUGUUAAUGUUUUUUGUCAGAAAACUGGAUUACUGUUCAUUUAGGAAGAUAUUAAACCCAUUUCUGUAUCUUA